UAAAACCAUUUACCACUCCAGGCCGCAUGUGGCAGCAGAGCGUCAAACACGAACAUCGCUCCAGAAGAACAGAUUCAUUGCAUCGCUUCAGGGACGUCUGCUGGUGAAGUGGUGUCAAAACAGGACAUUGUGUGUGUGUGUGAAAGCUGUAACGCUGUGCUGAUGGAGCAGUGUGCUUGUGUGGAACGGGAGCUCGAGAAGGUGCUACACAGGUUUGUCACAUAUGGACAUCAGUCAGAGGAAAGGCUGGAUGAACUCCUGAGGAACGUCUGUGAGCUAAGAAGUCGAUUGGUUGCCUAUGGUGUUCAAGAUGCAGAUUUGUCAGUGCUCCAUCAAACAGUGGCCCAGUGCUGCAAGGAAAUCAAAGAAACCGUGCAGAUGCUUGCCUCCAGGCACAAAGACAUCCAUGGCAGUGUGUCAAAAGUGGGGAAAGCAAUUGACAGAAAUUUUGAUGCGGAGGUGAGUGCAGUUGUAGCUGAGAAUGUCUGGGACUCUCCAGAGAGGCAGAAAUACCUCAGUGAAACCAUCGUAGAACAUCUUUAUCGACAAGGCAUGUUGAGUGUUGCAGAGGAUCUCUGUCAGGAGUCUGGUGUAGUAAUCGACAUGAGCAUGAAACAGCCAUUUCUGGAGCUCAACCGCAUUUUAGAGGCUUUAAGAACACAAGAUCUCAGACCAGCUUUAGAGUGGGCGGUGACAAACCGUCAGCGGCUGCUGGAUCUAAACAGCACCCUUGAGUUCAAGCUCCACAGACUCUAUUUCAUCAGCCUGCUCAACGGGGGCAUCAGCAAACAGCAGGAAGCUUUACAGUACGCACGGCAUUUCCAACCGUUUGCCUCGCAGCAUCAGAGAGAUAUUCAGAUCUUAAUGGGUAGUCUAGUGUACCUCCGCCAUGGGAUUGAGAACUCUCCGUACCGCAGUCUGCUGGAGACAGAUCAGUGGGCAGAGAUCUGUAACAUCUUCACACGAGAUGCUUGCGCUCUUCUUGGACUCUCUGUGGAGUCCCCACUCAGUGUCAGUUUUGCGUCCGGCUGUAUGGCGCUGCCUGUGCUCAUGAACAUCAAACAGGUUAUUGAACAGAGACAGUGCAGUGGUGUUUGGACGCAUAAGGAUGAGCUGCCAAUUGAAAUAGAUCUGGGGAAGAAAUGCUGGUAUCACUCUGUGUUUGCCUGUCCUAUCCUGAGGCAGCAGACAUCAGAGAGCAAUCCACCCAUGAAGCUCAUCUGUGGGCAUGUCAUAUCAAGAGACGCGCUUAACAAACUCACCAAUGCUGGAAAGCUUAAAUGCCCAUAUUGUCCAAUGGAGCAGAAUCCCUCGGAUGCCAAACAGAUCUUCUUCUGAUGUCUUUUUUCGGAGCGUAGCCGAAAGUCGUGUUAAAGGCUUCUUGGAGCCGCUUUUCGAAUGAUCCUCAUUCACAGGCAAUGACGAGCCUUCUGUGGCGGCUUCUCCCCCGCAACGCCACCUCCCUCUCCAAAGCUUUUAGUUUACAGAGGCCGGUGGCCACGGCAACAUACCUGUAGAACCCGAGUCAGUAAGUGUACCUACCGAGGAAAACGAUCUUUGCAGAUCAUUCAUUUGUUAACACAGCCUAGUAUAAACAGGCUUUUACAAGAACAUAUGUGUGUGCAUUCUGCUUCCUCUCCAUUUGUUUUAAUUGCAGAGUAUUUUUAAGUUUCCAUGGUAUAACGCCUCUCUUUUUCUUUUUUUGUGACUCUUAUUAAGUGAAUGGGCGUGAUGCAUCUGUGUGGGUGACUUCUUGCCAGAAUAUAUCCACAGUUUCCUCUUUUGAGAUCACAUUUAAAUACAUGAACAGGGAUUCUUUGCACGUGUGCAUGAUAGAAAUGGCUUUUCAGUAUGUAUAUUAACAAUGACAUAAGGACUGGUGGAUUAUAAAUGAAUAACGUCUCUCUUUCCAAUAUAAUAAAGGCUUAAUUGGAUCGAA